UUUUGGGAGUGCGGUGAAACAUCGUUCCUCCGAGGCCUAGCCCCUCCCUGCCACCGCCGGUACGAAUCGCAUUCAUGAGGGCCAGCCCGGAUUAGGGUGUCGUAUCUCUGGAAAGGGUGAACUCGGCGCAGGAGGAGGCCAGACGCCUAAUCACACUUGCACUCGUUCGCGGCACACACGCCCACUACGCAUCAGAAUGGUCCAGUACAUACUGACGCCAUGGCGUGAUCGCCGCGAGCUGCUCAAGGUUCGCCAACAGUUCUAUCCCGCGGCCCCGCUGCCUGUGGCCCCUGCGUUUUCAGCACCAGCACCAGCACCAGCAGCAACAGCAACAGCAACAGCGCUCGCACGCGCAUCGGCGCUCGCUUUACCGACGGCACCAUCAACACGAGGAGCGCCAGCGCCGGCUCCGGGUUCAGCUACAGGAGCACCGCCCUCACAGCACCACCAGCACAGGACGGGCACGACGAGCGCCAUCAGCGGCAGCAGCUAUUCUAGCGUCGACAACGACGGGCUCCUGGCAGCCCAGCAUCAUGCCGUCGCCAGGGUGUCGAUGUGGAUGCAGCGCGGCAACUGCCCGCACAUGGUUGAAUCGACGGCCCUGUUGACGGCCGCCAUCCUGAGCGACGGGGAGAGCAAGGGCAGCGCCGGCACAUACGCUGUCCGCGCCGCCUACGCCGCCGCCUUCAGCCGGUUCGUGACCGGGCUCCUGGACGGACACCAGGACAAGCAGCGGAAGCUGAGCAUGUACUCGGUUGCCAAAACCAUCGGUCUGCCGGCGACGUUUGUUGAGCUGCGACACCAGGCAACGCACGAGACGCUGCCGUCGCUCGCGAAGCUGCGAUCCGCCGCCCGCAAGGCACUGGUCUGGAUCUGGGAGUACUACUGGCAACACCUGGGGCCUGACGAGGAGGAGAGCGUCGAGGACGUGGUUCCUGAGAGGAAGGUCGGCGUCGCUACGGCUGCCGCGGGCCGUGCGGUCGUGAUCGCGUUCCUCGAGGAGCGGGACGAAGCACGGCGCGCCGAGAUGAAGAAUUGGAUCGACGGGCUCGAUAAGUCCCGGCUGCUCACUACGCUGGACAAGAUCGCGGAGGCUCCACCGAGCAACGCCAUCAAGCUUGCUGCACUGCGGCUAUCAAAGGGGAUCCUGCUGAAAGGGAAGGGCAUUGAGGGUGUAGGGCCAGAGUAUGAGAGGGACAGGGGUAGGAAGGUGGAUGAAAUUAAGAAGAAGAUAGCACAAGCGAAGGAAGCUCUCGCGGCGGAGACGCAAGACGUCGUGGAGGACUCUGCGGACGACCUCGAAAUCGAGGAGGCUCAGGAGAGCGGUGGCACGGGAUGGGCGAAGUUUGUGGGCACUUGGAAGCCGCGGCCGAUUGGCGUCGCGUGAGGCAUUCAGGUACGCCGAAAUGCGUCAUACUACGUGAUUAUUCGACACCAGUGCAGCCGGCCCCUGAUAUGUUGCUCCUGGAACGGACGUUGAAGUGAAGCCAUUGCCAUGGCCAUUGCAGUCACGUGGGGUAUGGAGAUACAAAGUGGGCGGGGGGUAGCUUACCUAAACGAAGAAAGAGGUGGGGAGCGGAUGGGCUGGCCCGCGGAUUUACAGCAUAACGACGUCACUAAACUCUGCCGCUCAUAUCGCCCAACACUACACAGUUACCGUGCAAUUGCCUUUCAUGAAUACCCUCAUCGCAAGGAGGCCUUUUCUAAGACAGAAAUUCGGUACCGUAACAGCCGCACUCACGUUCACCAACGCCAUGCAUAUCCAGUCUAUUCCGAUGUGUAAGUCGGGCACU